GGAAUUCGCAACCAAAGAACUCAAUCGAACACUGCACACGGUAUUCAGAUCUAUCCAAAGCAUGCUUGAGAUCAUUUCUUCCAUCACUUAAUUUAUCAUCGCCAGCAUCUUGGUUUCAGCCUCAUCUUCUAUGACCCUUCUUCCUUGCAUAGAACUUGUCGCCCACGACCAAGAUGCCUCCUAAGCGAAAGAGAAACGAGAGGCCAUCUGACGCCGGAGCGAACCGGCCGGCUCCUCAUCGUCCUUCCGACACAAACCUCGGCCAGCACGACCGAGAUUUCCAAGAUACUUCUACCCAGAACCGUCGCGCCCCUAGCGGUCGAAAUACCAGGAGGAGCAACAACAACAACAACAAUGAUCGCCGGGACUCGUCGGGUAGUCAGCUAGGCGCCAACCCCAACCAUCGAGCCCCCAUUUCUCCAUCGACUGUACGGCCAUCUAGCUCGUCCUCGCAGGUCGCUGCACCCGCACCUGCCAUCCCUUCUACGCCCACCGCCCCUCAGCCUAGCCAAACUCAAGCUCUAUCUCAACUUCCUACUCCUUCGACUUACAAGUUCGCCAUCUUAACAGAAGCGCGACUUAACACGUGGCAGCAGAAAGGCCGCCAGGAAGUAGUUGAUCAUGGCAUCAAGUCUCGUAACGACGAAGACUUUGAGGAAAUUUCGACUAUCUCACAAGAGUUUAUUCGUGCUGUGCUGGAAGGUCGCCUUAACCCCGCUGACGCUGGAAAUUGUAUGAAGCAAAUUCUUGGGCCACCUAUCGAGAAUAGCGAUGAUUCCGCGUUCGGCUUCAAUCCGCAGGCACUAUUUCUCGACAGUCUCUCUAUCUUUCUCGACUCUGACGACAGCACUUCCCUGCCGCAGCUGCGAGACUUUGUCUCCGUCACAGAGAUCUCCCCGAGGCUUCUGCGCGAUGUUCUAGAUGCUCAGGCCUUAAAGCAACUUGGUUUAAUCCGUGACACAUUUGUCAAGUUAGGCAUUCGCUAUGCUACCAACCAACUAUACCGCCAAGCCAAUUACAACCUCUUGAGGGAAGAGUCGGAAGGAUACUCGAAACUUGCUGCAGAGCUCUAUCGUACUCCAAUCUGUGGUGCUCGAGAGGGUCAUGAUUUUGUCCUUGUGCAAGCGAGUUGGGAGCGAGUCAAGGGUUUGAUAGGAACGUUCGACCUCGAUGUUGGCAGGGUUCUUGAUGUGGUUAUCGACGUAUUCUCCGCGACGAUGCUCAGGACCAUCGUGUUCUUCUCUCGAUUUUUGCGAAUUAGUUCUUGGUGGCCUCGCACCCAGGUUGAACAUUCCGAAAGAGUCUUCACAGGAGGCCUGCCGAAAUGGGCUCUGCCCCAAUUUGAAGACGUCCCUAUCGCGGAACUCCAAGCUCAACUCGCCGAAGAGUGCUAUCGACGGGACCUCGAAUUCUGGGACAGAGCUCGAGAGCUCCACUUGGAUGCCUUUUUUGAGCUUGGUGGAAGACGAGUAGAAGAUAUCAACCAGUCGUACUCUACAGAAGCUAAAUCCAGCGACUCCAGUAUCGAUUGGGUUCGAAUCACGAAGACACUUCCGCCUUGUGGUAAUAAGAUAGCCGCGCAGUUGUUAGGCUUCAAGUUCCGAUUCUAUGCAUCUGACGCCCGGGACAAAAAAGAAAAAAUUCCAGCAAAUCUUUACUACCUUGCGGCCUUCUUAAUCAAGAUAGGGUUCAUAUCCCUUGCUGAUCUCUAUCCGCAUCUCUGGCCGGAUGAUAGUCAGAUGGAGUCUUUGAGGGAACGACGAAUGCAAGAACUUGAUGAAAAAGAGCGUGCCAAGAGACAAGGCAACGUACCAAACGCCCUUCUUGCAGCUGGAGCUCUAACCGAUGAUACCUUACCAUUUCCUUCCAAACCACGAGAAUCCGCCGCUACUAAUGCUGAUGGCAAGCAGCAAGAAGCAAAAGCCGACGAUGAAGAGGAGGAACUCCCCCUCCCGGAACCAGAAGAAGCACACAAGGCGGAUUUGGUGUCUCACUUAUUGGUUGUGGGCGCGCUUCCCGAAGCUCUAUUCAUCCUUGGACGUUUCCCGUGGCUUCCCGAGGCCUACCCUGAUGAGAUCUUCCCGGCUGUCAACCGCAUCUUAUUACACAGUAUCAGCAAAGUUUUUAACGAUACUCGGCCUGUUGAAGUGCGACCUAUAACUAGCAGCCCGAUCAAGCCCGAGGUAGCCCAAGACCAAUCUGGGAUGACAAAGGGUAACCUGAAACUUACCGAAGGCGCUCCGAUUAAGAUUCUGAAGUGGCCGCAUGCUGAUGGUAUCAACAAAGGCACUCUCUAUCGGUUCUAUCUCGAUGAGUGGGCGGACAAUGUUCCGAUCUGCCAAACCGUCGAUGAUGUCUUCACUCUCUGCAGCACGUUCCUAAACAUAUCUGGAGUCAAUAUCGGAAGAGAGCCUUCCCUUGUUAAGAAGUUGGCCGCUAUCGGCGUGAAAAGUUUCUUGCAGGACCAGUCGCCAGAAAACACUUCUCGUUGGCAAGACCUUCUUCGACGAACUCUUGUUCCAUCCCUAUGCCUUAGCGAUUCCAAUGUUGAUGCUGUGGACGCUGUUUGGGAUCUUCUCAAGAACUAUCCGACGCAAGUACGCUAUAACAUAUAUUCGGAGUGCUAUGAAGGACAAAUAUCCCGACUCCCGGCAAUGUCGAGGGCUUUCAAGAACGCCAGGUUGGAUACACUUGCAACCCUGAAACGUUUGUCCCUGCAGAAUAUAUCUAGUUCCGCGAAGAAACUCGCCAAGGUGGCCUUAUCGUCGCCGGGUAUCGUGUGCAAGGUAGCGCUUGACCAAAUUGAAGCGUAUACUAACCUCAUUGAGGCUUUCGUGGAGUGCACCAAAUACUUCACAGAGAUGGGCCACGACGUCCUUGUCUGGUCUCUCCUUAGCUCAUUGGGUGGCAAGCAGAGAAGCAGGACUCAAGCAACAUCCGUGCUGUUGACGAGCCGAUGGUUGCAGGCUCUUUCUAAAUUCUCGGGGAGAGUCUUCCGACGAUAUAGCAACAUGGAUGCUACCCCUAUCAUUCAUUACGUGAACGACCAAGUCGCCCAUGGCAUCUCGACCGACUUGAUAAUUUUACGCGAGUUUAUUACUUCGAUGGGCGGAAUCGUCUCAGAUGUUGAUUUCACGGAAGCCCAAUUAUUUGCUCUAAGUGGCGGGGAGCUUUUACGUCGCCAAACACUCAUCAGUCUGGGAGAUAAACGCUACGAGUCCGCCAAGAGUGCUACCCGUCUUAUGAAGGCUUUGGUACAGACGGAUCUCGCUUGUCGACUUUUGACGAAUAUGGCCCAGUAUCGUCAGUCUGCCAUCUAUCGUCUACCCGAGGGUGAAACACAUAUUAAGUACCUAGCAAAUGUCAUCGACGAUUCUCAGCAAGCACUUGUUCAGUAUGUAGAGCUGCUGCGAACCAAUCUACCGCCCGAGCAGUUUGAUGCACUCAUACCAAGCAUCCCUCGUUUGAUGACGGACUUCGGCCUCGAUGCCAAUCUGGCUUUCAUGAUCGGUCGUGCUAGCCUCCAAUAUUUCAUGAUGGGCCCGGGAGAGAAGCUUGCGAUAACAAGUUCCGAAUCACCAAAGGAUGCAGACGGCGAUAUGAUCAUCGACACAAAGGACAACGAUGGAGUACCAUCCUCGGUUACUCAAGACGCUGAAGAUCAGAUGUUAGUAGAUGUACCCGAUACAGAGGGAACAAGUCCUCCGCAAUUACCAUUAGCAGUAAACGGUCAAAAAUCUGACCGUUUCAUGGAUGUCCUUGCACCAAUCGUCAACGCUGCGCGCGCCCUAUUGCCUUCGGACGUAUGGGAUAAAAUCAGUCCUGAGUUCUUCGUUCUUUUCUGGUCUCUCCAAACGGGAGAUCUUGUCGUUCCAAUGGCCAGCUACGACGCGGAAACUGCCCGAGUGGAAAAGCAAUAUGUCGAAUUGAAGAGGGAUCGAAGCGACAUGAGUAUGAGUAACAAAAAGAAAUCACUUGAUGCUCUUAUCCAAAUCAACAAGGAUCUCGCUGCCGAAGCCAGUGCGUGUCGUGAGCGAGUCAGCAAGACCAAGAUAUUGCUCAUCAAACAGAGCACACGAUGGUUCAGCUCGUCGGCAAAGGGUGACUCAAUCGCCGAUACUUUCAUUGAAGAGUGUCUCAUGCCUCGAAUUCUCCUUUCGCCUGGCGAUGCAGACUUCUGUCACCGGAUGAUCAAAUUCAUGCAUUCCAACCGAGUAGCAAAUUUCAGGUUACUUGACUUGUACGACCGAUUUUUCGGCGUAAACAGGUUGCGUUUGAUGAUAUUCGGUUGCACUGUUCGAGAAGCUGAAUUCCUCGGGCGCUUCAUUAAGCUCACAUUAGGAGAUCUCGCAAGAUGGCACAAGGACAAAGAAACUUACGCCAAGGAGGCCAUCCAAAACGGGAAGCUCGGGUUUGCAACGGCCUUUGAUGACAAUGGUAAGCCAACAUCGUUCAUGGAACACGAUCAAUUCCGUGAUCUGCUCUGGACCUGGCAUCGGAAUCUAUCCGCGGCGCUACGAGCCUGCCUCACUGGCAUGGAGUGGAUGCAUAUCAGGAAUGCUAUUACGGUUCUGAAGGCAUGCCUUGAACACUUCCCUGCUGUCGAUUUCAUGGGUCGGCAAUUCUUGCAAAUACUCGGAAAGAUUGCGGAGCGCGAAGCGGCUUCAAAGAACGAAGGCGAAGAUGGUCAAAACCACAGAGUAGAUCUUUCGGUCACUGCAAAUACCGCCACUUCUGCCCUCAAGAGAUACUCCCCUAAAUGGGUCAUGGUCCAAGCUUUCCGAUCAAAUAUCAGCGGUGAUUCUACAGAGGACAAGAAAUUUGUAGAGUCUUCCAAGACCGUACAAGCUUCGUCGAGUCUUCGGGCGAGUGCGCCAGAAUUCAAACCUACUCCGGCAGGCUCGACAACCCAGACGAAGGCAAAUGCUGAGGAGGAAGAUGGUGAAGUUAAGGAUAUAAAAGUAUCGAGUGGUGUCGAUUCUGCUAAGGAAGAUUCACGAUCAACGCCCUCUUCGAAUAAGGACACCACUCAGAAGCCGCCAGCUACUCUACAAAAGCCGGACUCUAAGCCAAUUCCCAGUCGAUCGUCGACCCCAAGAUCAGUACCAACUGCUCCUGCUCCAGCCCCCGGCCCGAGGGUCGAGCCAUCUCGACCCUCCACUUUAGCUCCCGCACCUGGACUACCUAGCCGACCAGAAGUCCCAUUCCCCGCGCACUUCACGCACGAUAAAUUCGGGCAGAUCACAACUUCUGCACAUCCUCGCGAUCAUAGAGAACCUAGGGACACAAGGGAUCCCAGAGAACCUCGAGGUCCAAGGGAUUCAAGAGACGUUCGUGAUCCUAGAGAUUCUAGGGAUCAGCGAUCUUUCUCACGACCAGAUGAUUCGCGUGCAGUUCGAGGGCGGGAUCCACAAGUAAUAGAUCGUCGAGCUCCAGAAAGCAUACCAAGGGAACCUCUAAGGUCUGAGAGAGAUCGGCCGCCGCAUCGACCAGACUCUACCCGGCGAAACGAAUCAAACCCGCCUGAUCGAGAUGGUCGCACUCCACGAGACCGACCAGCGCCUCCUAGCAGUGUUAAUCGAGGUCCCGAAACAACACGACCGCAACGUGACAGCUCUGUUCCCGCAAAGCCUAUGUUGCCUCCCCCCCAACCAGAGCCGCAGGGCCCAACAGUGAAUCCGGAUCGUGCGCGACUUAUCAACGCUGAUCGCCCCGAUGAGCGUUCGGGUGUGAAUCCUGCUCGUGCCGCACUGAUCGGUGAUGUAAGACCGACUGGUCGCCAGCUCAGAGAUGAAAGCCGAGAUCGCAAUGGUUCUCGGCCAGUCUCUCCUCGACGAAGCGAUCGUCCCGAUUCUCGAUCUGGCGAUUUGUCUCGCGACGAUCGGUCUGGCCGACCUCAUCGUGUAGAUCACCAACCCCGAGAUCAUUGGACCGAGUCGUUGCCGUCUACUGGGCCUAAGGGUGGUAGGUUCAAUGACCACGAGGGUGACCGAGGUAUGCCUGACAGGUCACGCGAACCUAUGGCAUUCCAGGGGCCUCCUCUUUCUGCUCGAGGUGAGCCUGAGCAUGGUAGACUUAACAAUCAAGAUCCAGACUACGGUCGUCUAAGCUCGAUCCCUUCGAUUGGGGAUACGGCUAAUCCUCCUGAGGGCCCGCGCGGCCGUGGCCGUACCUCGGCUCGUGCUCCUGCUAAUCCACUACCAGGACAACCGGAUCCCAGGUUUUCAAGCAGUGGACCUCAUCGGCCUCCGUCACCUGACAGGCACCAUCCUCCCACUGGUCCUGCCUCGUCUAGGCCACGUCGGGGCCAGCCAGGAGGACAAUACAGUCACGGGAAUGGCCCAGCCGCCUCUCCCGGUACUACUAGUUCACCAGGAAUACACCCAGAAAGGCUGCGGCAAUUAAACCCCGGCGCUUCCGGCGUGCCGGCCUCAUCUUCUCAGUCCUCAUACGCAGCUCCUGCGCCUAGCCCGGUUCCUGUGCAUCCUGAUCGAAUGGGUCAAAUUGCGCCAUCAUCCUCCGGUCCUCAUCAAGGGGGGCGUUCUGCUCUUCCGCCCUUGCAGACUUCCGAUCGACCACCUAUUCCUGUAAACUCGGGUCAUCGUCAGCCAUCCGGGAAUCAUCCGAUGGGGCCAGGACCCGAAGCUGCCAAUAUUAUGUCUGCGCCCACAGGGCCUUCAUCCAGUAAUGAGCGCGCUAGAACUGGCGGAAGAAGACAACUCUCCGGUAUCAAUAACAUUCUUUCGGGAGGAAGUCCUACCGUACGUACGAGAGGCUCUCGGACUAAUUUAGCCGGAUCUGACGCUCAGGUUCUUACGGGCGCGUCUCCUCAUACGACGCCAGUCCACGAGCGUCCAGAUCCCAACAUACUGUCAAACGAGCGUAGUAUGAACGGAAGCGAACGCUCCGGCCGAAAUGACCACGAACGAGGACGAAGGGACCACAGCAAUGCCGACCGAUCUUUGCGUUCCUCACGACGAAGCAGUCGAGACCACACUCCAGAAAGGGACCAGAGGCCAAAGGACCACCGUGAUUACCGAGAGCGAAAGUCCAAUACGGGACCUCCUAAUCAUGGGAGGGAAGGCGAAAUGGAACCUCCACGACGAUCCGGCCGAGAUCCUGCAGUUAUGGGUCGGGAACUUUUGCCUCCCGGUAGCAGGGGUGAUUUGAUGGGUAAUGGGCGCGACGGACCGCGAGAGUCGCGUCACAGGGGAGAUGGUGGUGGUAGACAUGACGAUUAUGGACGUGGCAGAGGCGGAGGUGGGGCAGGUGGAGGACCACGUGGGGGCGAUGAUCGACGGGAAUCGAGAGGUGAUGACCGAGGUCGCAAGCGUCGAAGCGAUGAAUACGGAGGACCUGGCAGCGAGAAGAGGCAGAGACGUUAGUACCGGGGCUGAAGGCCUUACUUUGCCACGUUAUGUGAGGAUACACCAAUGACAAGUUGCUUCUUUUCGACAAUGUAUUAUGGAACAGUCUCGGGAUGACGACGAACAAAUAAUCACGCAAAAUGGCAGGGGCAGCAGGCAGGCAUUGAUUACAUUUUAUAACAUUUUCCUACAACGGUGCCAAAUCGAAGGGUGCGGGAGCUCUACUAGCUCUGAAAGCAGCCUCAGUAACAUUA